ACUCUUGCAUUAAGAAAUCAACGCGAACGCAGCAAUAAACCAUUUAAAAUUAAAAUUACAAAGCAUUUUAUAACUUUUGUAAAAUACGGCGGAUAUUUAAUUGUGCUAAAGAGCGGAAGUUAAAAGUGCUGCCACUCUUAUGUGCGCUGGCGCCCUCUAGCGCGUAAUUAGGCAGCACCAAAAACAAACAGAGCUGCGUCUUCAUUUGUCGUCGUCUUGGCAGCACUGUUAGCGUGACUUUUGAAUUAAAAGAAAAAAAUUCGUAACAUUUUAAACGCUUGUUAUGGAAGACGAUUUUCAAAUCGAAUUCAUGUCGCUGCCACUGGAAGAUUUGCAGGAACAUUAUGGAAAACUGUUUGAGCGCUAUCGCCAAAUGCGCGAUGAUGCUGAGGCAGACACCCAGCGUAUCUACGAGUUGAAGCGUAAUCUGGAAACUGCAUAUGCCGCCGAAACGUAUCUAUCGCAAGAAAUUGAAGAGUUGAUGCAAACGCUGGCAUCGAUCGAAAAGGAGAACAAAGGGCGAUCAAAGGCACAAAUUGAAUUGGAAGAUUUACGCCGGCAGCAUCACACAUUAACAGCAGACUAUACCACACUGCAGCAGGACUUUGCAGCGGUGCAGGCAGAAAAUGCUGAAUUGCGAAAACAAUUGGAAACUGUAAAAUCGGCAAAAAGGCUGAGUUCCUCUUCGCUGAUUGGCGCGGGUACGGAAGAGCUCACAAAGCAAAUAGCAACUUUGGAAGGCGAAAAUUUUGCUUUGAUGCAAAAGUUGGAAGAUUUUCAAGACAAUAUUGUCAAGCAAACUAUGACUUUGGCGGAGCGAGAGAGUAACAUAGAGAUUUUACGCGACCAAGUGAACUGCCUGGAGGAGAAUUUGCGCUCAAAGCGUGAAGACUUGGAUGAAAAGUCUGGCUUACUGGAGAGCACGCAAGAACAGCUGGCGGACGCUAAUGCACGUUUAGCACUGCUAGAGACAAAACCAGAGGGAGUGGACCGCAAGGGUAACUCACUUUUUGCCGAGGUGGACGACCAACGGCAGGCCAUGAAAAAACUACUAGCUACACAAAAGAAAAGUUACAUGGACAUGAAGAAAAUUUUCCAUGAUAGUCAAUCGGAAAUUAGGCGCUUAAAGCGGGAAAAUAUUGCAAUGCAUACUGAGCUGAGGGAGUGUAGUACCAUAUUCUUUGCGGCUGAUCGUACAUAUCAAAAUAAGCUGAACGAACGCAUACGCCAGUUGCUCAGGCAAAUUGAGGAAUUAGAGAAGCAAUUGCAUGUGACACAGGAUCGGCUACGUGACUUAGCCGCUGAUAAAGGUGUAGCGUGGCUUGAUUCAAUGCUGAGUUUUUGCAAACAAGAAACUGAUGAUCUGAAGACACAACUUCAUGCCGUGCGGAUUCAGAAAGCAAGUUUGGAAGAGCAGCUACGCAACGUGCAACAGGAGAUGACACGGUAUGUAGCUUUAAUGUAUUAAAAA